AUGUUUCGAUCUAGGACAUUUUAUGCCGUGUUCGUGUCGGUGGUUGCAUUGUUAGGCACCGCGGCCGUUGACGGUGCCGCAAAGACGGCGGCAACGUUUAGGCCCAACUAUCUCUGCGAGGACCACAAUGAUCCCCUGUGCCUGUUUUGCCGUCGAUACGCGAAGUCCUCCCAUGAGCCGAUACAAUUUCCCAGCACUAUCGAACUGAAGGUGCGCCUGUCGGAGCAUUUGAACAAGAAGGCGAGGGCCAUGGGGGACGCCGUGUUGGAAGAGGUGGGCAGACGCCUCGGCACUUUAACCGCUGAAUUGGAUAAGCUAGGCGGCAGCUUGUCGUUCGUUUCAAACUCUAUCGCCGAGGAGCAUACGAGCAGGUGCGUUAAGUAG